ACCAUCAUGCUUUUUGCCUCUUGUUUCUUCUCUUGCAGGUUUCACAUGGGGAACCUUCUAAAAGUGUUGACUUAUAACGAACUUGACCAAGGCCCUAAUUUUUUCCUUGACUUUGAAAAUGCGCAGCCGACGGCGGCCGAGACGCAGGUGUGGAACGGGGUGAACGCGGUGCUGGAGGAGGCGCAGACGGUGCUGGCCGAGCUCCGCUCCUACACGGGCGCGGGGCAGGAGAUCCGCGAGGCCAUCCAGAACCCCGCGGAGCCGCGCCUGCAGGAGCGCGCAUGGGCCGCAGUCUGCCCGCUGGUGGCGAAGCUGAAGCGGUUCUAUGAGUUCUCCCUGCGCUUGGAGAACGCACUGCGGAGCCUGCUGGAGGCCCUCACCAGUCCCCCGUACGCCCCGACCCAGCACCUCGAGCGGGAGCAAGCCCUGGCCAAGCAGUUUGCAGAGAUCCUCCACUUCACCCUCAGCUUCGAUGAGCUCAAGAUGACCAACCCUGCCAUCCAGAAUGACUUCAGCUACUACAGAAGGACCAUCAGCCGAAACCGCAUCAAUAACCCGCAGCUUGACGCAGAGAGUGAGGUGAACAAUGAGAUGGCCAACAGGAUGUCCCUUUUCUAUGCCGAGGCCACCCCAAUGCUCAAAACACUCAGCAAUGCCACCACCAAGUUUGUUUCCGAGAACAAGACGCUGCCAAUCGAGGACACGACCGACUGCCUGAGCACUAUGGCCUGUGUCUGCAGGGUGAUGCUGGAGACCCCAGAAUACCGGAGCCGCUUCACCAACACCGAGACCCUCCUCUUCUGCAUGCGGGUGAUGGUUGGGGUCAUCAUCCUCUACGACCACGUCCAUCCCGUGGGGGCUUUUGCGAAGACUUCCAAGAUCGACAUGAAAGGCUGCAUUAAAGUCCUGAAGGACCAACCCUCAACGAGCACCGAGGGGCUCCUGAACGCUCUGAGGUACACCACCCGGCACCUCCACGACGACAGCACCUCCAAACAGAUCCGGGCGCUGCUGCAGUGAGCACGGCCCCGUGUCCCCGAUGCCAUAACCACAGCGCUCAUCUCGUACCGAGGGCGAUGGGGAACGCACCGAGAUGGAGAGAUAACAGCAGCCCGAGGCCGUGCACAGGGAACCCCUCCUCAUGCAUCAGCCCCCGCUGGACACGAGGUGCGGGUGGCACCAUGGGGACACCGCGAUCUGGGGCUGGGCAGCAUCACCCCUAAGCCCAUCCUCAUCCCGAGGAGGAGGAGCAAACAUCCCCGCAGACCUGCACUGACCGGUGGCAACGACUCGGUCUCCCCUCGGAGACUUUUAAUGAGAGCAAUGAAAUCU